CAGGGAGUCUUGCUUUGCUUUAUAGACAGCAGGCACUGGCAGUAUCUGUUUGUUCUUGAGAGACAGUGAGGGAGGGCUGACCGUCUGUUUUCUUCUCUUUAGAAUAUUCCCCAUUUAGGUCUGACUCUUUUCUGUCAUUAUUGACUUAACCCCCUCUCUUCCUGUGUCCUCCUCUAAUCCUCCCAUUGAGAGACUCUUCAACCUCUGUCUCCUGUUUCCGUCUCCCUUCCCAGCACCAGUGUCUGCCUUGGAUUUCUGGGCUUUCACAUCUCAGAUUAGCCCUGCUGCUCUGUCAUGGCAGACCCAAAGCUGGCCAGCCAACUGCAGGAGGAUGUGACCUGCCCCAUCUGCUUGGGAAUUCUACAAGAUCCUGUCACCAUUGACUGUGGGCACAACUUCUGCCUGAAGUGUAUCAAUCAGAUUGGGAAAACGUCAGAAAAUAUCCUGUGUCCUCUCUGCAAAUGCUCUGUGAGUAAGAAUACUUUCAGGCCCAAUAAGCUGCUGGCUAGUCUUGCAGAGAAGAUCCAGACUAUGGAUCCUGCUGACAUCCAACAAGAAAAGGAAGAGGCAAGAUGUCAGAAGCACAAGAAAAAGCUAUAUUACUUCUGCGAGCAGGAUGGGGCGCUCCUCUGCGUAGUGUGUCGAGACUCCAAGGACCACAAAUUCCACGAUGUCACCUUGAUAGAUGAGGCUGUACAGAACUACAAGGUGCAGAUUGAGUCACAGGCCCAGGAUUUGGGGCGAAAGGACAAGGAAAUAAUUGAAGAGAAAAAACGAGGCGAAGGGGCAAUCUGGACAUUCAGGGCCCAGGUGGAACUAGAGAAACUAAAGGUCAUUGAGGAAUUCAAGCACCUUCGACAGAGACUGGACGAGGAAGAGAGUUUCCUCCUGUCCAGGAUGGACUGGGUGGAGAAGCAGGGAGCCAAGCAGUUGAGACAAUAUGUCACUGUGACAGAGAAGCAGCUGAACUCUCUUAGGACGCUCACUAAGUCCUUGAAAAUUAGGCUGCAAUCUUCACCCAUAGAGCUACUAAAGGACGUUAAAGACACCCUGAGCAGGAAUAAGGAAUUUCAGUUUCUCAGCCCAAUUCCAGUUCCUGUGGACCUGGAGAAAAAACGCAGUGAAGCAAAAGCAAGACUUGAGUCCGUCCUAAAAUCCCUGACAGAAUUCAAAGACAACCUGAAGGCCGAAGGGAAGAAAGAUAAAAGCGAGUUUCUGAGCAACUUGAAUAAAGAAGAAUGGGAGAGCUGGAGCCUAUUACAGAAGAAUAACUUGAUGUUGCCCACCUCAGUCCCUGUGACCCUGGACAAGAACUCAGCUGACCCAGACCUCACCAUUUCUCAUGAUGGAAAGAAAGUGACCUUGUACAAUAUAGCUGGAAAAGCUUCCAAUAAGCAGGCAAAGCCUCGACCAUUUUACCCAUUCCACUGUGUGAGGGGUUCCCCAGGCCUCUCCUCAGGCCGCCAGGUGUGGGAGGCAGAAAUCCGGGAGCCCUCAGGUGGGGCAUGCAUCAUUGGCGUGGCUACAGACUUGGCUCAAGGGUCCCAGAGUCAAAACAUCAGAAUGCAGAACUGCAUGUGGGCACUGCGGAUCUCACCCACUGGAUGCCAGCCAUUCACCAACUGUAAAGCCCAGGAGCAUCUCCCGGUCUGUCUCAAGAAAGUGGGUGUCUACGUGAAUCAUGACUGCGGGGAGGUCAUCUUCUAUGAUGCCAUCACUAGCAAACACGUCUAUACUUUCCAAACUUCUUUUAACGGGAGGGUCUUCCCCCUUUUCGGGCUCCAAGUUACCUGCAGCCAUAUCACCCUGACCCCUUAGGGCUGCUCGAUUGUGGGUGCCUAGGUCUCUUCCCUACCUAUCCCUCAGCAUGGGAUGAGACAAAGUGGGAGGAGUGAAGCAUGGCCCUACUCCAGCACUCUAGACACCUAGGCACACCUGAUGUGUCCUCUCCCCUCCUCCCCUGAGUAGAGAAGACAGUGGAAUACUCCCAAAGGCUAGACACAAGGUUUUUCACCACUGCACUUGGUGGCAGGAA